AUGCUACUAAGUACCACACUAGCUCUAGAUGUUCUUCAAUCCUAUUUCUAUGCUCUGAUUGGUCCAUUGGGAUGGUAUGCCAACUCGUUUGGAUUCUCUACCUUUGACUUGUAUUUAAUGUCUCUCUUCUUUAUCAUGUUCUGUCCAAUGUCUGUCAUUCCACUCUUGUUUUUAGGUGUGAGAGCUCCGUACGGAAAGUUUGCAUUGCCCAACGCCAAAGUUGAAAACAAGGGACUCGAAGGAUCUUCAUUCAAUCGUGCUGCCAUGAAUUUUUACUCCAAGUUUGAUUUGGUUGUGUCCAAUGGAAAAUUAGCAUUUGCAUUCCAAGAAACAUUCUCAUUGUUACUCUUCUGCUUUGUGUUGUACAAGUAUCCAAUUGAUUUAUUCCACUCCAACAACAACAAUACUUUUGAAACGGUACAAAAAGUGAUUGCAUCCUUGAUGUUUUUGACACAUUACGUCCAUCGAGCUUUCAUCUUUACAUUGGUGAGAGCUCACAGCAUGAGUGCAUCCUCUCUUUCCAUUGUCCUGAUGGCCAGCUCGUUCUGUGCUGCCAAUGGCUAUUUGAAUUCUAAGGGUAUUUGGGUCUAUCAUGUACUUCCUCCCAUUCCGAACCCAUUUCCUUAA